AUGGAGAGCAGUGGGCCCUGGGUACCUGGCCCCGGGCUCUCCCUGUUGCUUUUGCUGCUCCCUCCACUGCUGAGCGCCGGGAGCUUCCAGCACGAUGUCCUGAACUGGAGAAGUUUCCGCCACCUUGACUUUGGCUGGAAAACCAUUCACCGCUACCUCAGCCCAGACUGGGGAAGCCUCCACAGGAGCAUCAGGAGCAAGGCGAGCAAGUUGCAUGACUGUGAUGGUGCCUUUGACCUCUAUUUAGUCUUGGAUGCGUCGAACAGUGAAGGCAACACUUGGAAUGAAGUUUGUGAUUUAACAGAAAGGUUGCUGAAGAGGUUUACAAACCCUAAACUGAGGAUUUCCCUCAUCACCUACUCCUCAGUCAGCUAUGUCCUUCUGCCACUCACCUCUGACAGAAAUGAACUAAAAAAAGGUCUUCAAAGACUUCGGGAGAUAAGGCCCUCAGGAACCAGAAGACUGCAGGAUGGAUUGAGAAAGGCAGGUGAUGAGAUUGCGAAAGUUUACACUGCUAACAAGAAAGCUGCCAGCAUGGUUUAUGCUUUGACUGCUGGACCAUUGGACCAGUGGACAGUAUGGGCUUCUCAGCGAGAAGCCAGCAGGUUUAAGAAUUUUAAGACCAAAUUUUACGCCAUAGGUAUGAAAAACUCUCAGAGAAACCAGUUGAUUCAAAUUGUGGGUGGAAAGACCCAGGCAUAUGAGGUACCCAAACCCAAUGACAUGGAAGGCUUUAUUAUAUCGCUCGUGGGAAAUUCCUGUAAGCAAGUUAUGGGUGGGGACAGCUACUAUGCCUGUGUAGGAGAAUCCUACCAUCUCGGAUUUUAUGCAUCUGGACUGAGUCCAGACAGAAUGAGUGAAUAUACUUGCAGAUAUAAAUUGGACAAAAACAAAGUCUACACUAAACCACCUGACUCAGUGACUGCAGAAAAAUUAGUGUGCCUAGGACAUGUUUUUCUUAAGGCUGGACAGGUGGUCGUCGUUGAUUACUCUCUGGACAGGGAAAAUACCUGGAGUGAGCGAAGCCUGAAAAUUACCAGCAGGGACUGUUAUGAGCCUACAGAGCCCACAACUAUCCCAACAACUACCACAACGACCACAAAGCCUACCACAACGAGGAGGACAACGAGGAGGACAACCACAACCACAGUGCCUACAACAAGGAGGACAACGACAACAACGAGGAGGACGACGACGACAACGACGACAACGACAACAACGAGGAGAACAACGACGACGACGACGACGACGACGACAACCACGACGACAACAACAACAACCACCACUACGACAACCACGACAACGACAACCACAACGACAACGACAACAACGAGGAGGACAACGACGACGACGACGACGACGACAACCACGACGACAACAACAACCACCACCACUACGACAACGACAACCACAACGACAACGACAACAACGAGAAGGACAACGCCAACAACAACGACAACAACGACAACCACGACGACAACAACAACCACCACCACUACGACAACGACAACCACAACGACAACGACAACAAGGAGGACAACGCCAACAACAACAACAACAACAACCACCACCACCACAGUGCCUACAACUGUCACAACAAGGAGGACAACAACGACAACAAGGAAAACAACAACCACAACGAGGAGGACGACGACAACAACAACGAGGAGGACAACAACAACUACGACAACUACGACUACGACGACUACGACAACUACUACGAUGACGACUACUCCCACGACAACAACGACUACGACGACAACAACCACAGUGCCUACCACUGUCACUACAACGACAACCACCACAACCACAGAAAGUACAACUGUCCCAGAGACUACAGUGUCCACUGUUGUCACCCAGAGCCCGGUUCCUCUCUUGUACCCUACACUUGUCCCAUCCCUGGUCGUGAUCCCAUUGCUGCUUAUCUGUAUCUGCUGCUACAAGAGGGUUAUCAAGGAGCCACCAUCAGCCCAGAAUCCAAAAAAACCAUGCCCUGUACAGACCACAGUGAUUGUCUCCCGCUGUGAGUGCCAAGAAGACAGAAUAAGACAGAUGGAGGGAAAGCUGGAUGUUUUUUAUAACUUUCUUCAGCGCUGCAGUCUGGUGCCAUGGAUGUGGUGUCCACCCAGGGACAUGGGGAGGUGCAUCGACUUUGCCUUAAUGAAUCCUCAGUGCAUGCCAAUGCUCUAUGACUCAGAGAUCUGCCUUCAACCUAGUGAAGAGUGCCUCCCCCUCAAUAUCUGCUGCUCACGUUGUCAGCAUCCCCCACCGAUAUGCUCUCAGCCACCGUCCAGGACGUUACCGCUGAUCCCUCCCCCAGAGGUCUACAGAAGUACUACAUCUCUCCCGCCCCCAUAG